AUACUUAAUAUUGUAAAAUGGAAUUUCCAAAUAUUGGAAGUAGAUGUUCGGCAAAAGAUUGCAGACAAUUGGAUUUUUUGCCAAUCACUUGUAGUUAUUGUUCAAAUAUAUUUUGUAACGAACAUUUUCACGUAACGUCUCAUUCUUGUUUAAAAUUUAUUAAUAAUAUUGCUACUAGAACGGAAACAAGUGCUAACUUCUGUUGUUCUCAAGAAUCUUGUUUAGAAAGGUCGCCAAUAGAAAUACUUUGUUCAAAAUGUAAUAAACACUUUUGUUUACCACAUCGUAAUCAUGAUUGCUUUGAAAAAAAUAAAGAGACGCGUAUAAAGGAAUUAGAAAAAUGGAAAAAACCAAAAAGAGAUUUUUUAGAGGCUAAAGCUGCCGUUGAUCAAGAAAUUACGAGUAAACUUCAGAAUUCUAGAAAUUCUGUUAUGGCAAAUAAGCUGCAAUUCAUGAGGCUUAAAGGUCAUUCUAUCGGUCCCGAUCACAUUUCAACGACUGAACGCUGCUACUUUUUAGUCCAUCCACCAAUUAAAAUCUUUAAUAAUUCUAAGGGUAUUUUUGUCUCUAUUCAUUGGAGUAUUGGGAAAGUUAUCGAUUCAAUGGCCGAUUUACUACAAAUUCCAAAUAAUAAUAAUAUCACAAAUCUCACGAAAUUAAGAUUAUAUCAUCAUUUAACAGGGAAUAUUGUAACUAAUAAAAUGGAUGUGACUCUAUCCGAGUUAUUGAAUACGAAAAUCUUAGUAAAUGGUCAGACCAUUAUUUUAGAAUACUCUAAUGAUGAUAAAAUCGAUUGUUUCUUGUACAAAUAAAAUAAUGUGUUUAUUUGGACCGUAUUAAAAUAAAAAAUAACAAAGUCAA